CCUGUUGUUCCUUUCGUCGUAAUAAAGAUACUGGGGACUCAAGAUUCCCUCCGCUCUCCGGCUCAGGAACCAGACCGGAGCUUCAACCGUCAUUUGAAUCUUGGGGCGACAAUUUCCAUUCCCUUUUUCCAUCGAACUCUAACCCAGAAACCGGAUGAAUGAUUUUUGAGAUUCUAGGGUUUUUGAUUCGGUGGAGAAGACGAUGACUGACGCCAACGGCAACAGUAGCAGCAGUAACAACCACCACCACCACCAAGAAGAUCUCGGCCUGUACUUCCUGGAUUUGUCUCGCCAGGGCUUAUCUCAAGGUCCCUGCGACAUGGACGAGGACGAGGAGGCGCCGACGGAGCUCAACACCAUUAACAGCUCUGGAGGCUUUCUUGUAGUGUCCCCUGAUAAGCUCUCUAUUAAAUACACCAGUGUUGACCUUCAUGGCCACGACGUUGGUGUGAUUCAAGCUAACAAGCCUGCUCCUAAGAAGCGCCUCGUCUACUAUUUUGAAAUCUAUGUGAAGGAUGCUGGAACUAAGGGUCACGUGGCAAUUGGGUUUACCAGUAAGGGCUUCAAGAUGCGAAGGCAACCCGGGUGGGAGCCUAAUAGUUAUGGAUAUCAUGGGGAUGAUGGAUUACUUUAUCGUGGACCAGGGAAGGGUGAAACCUUUGGCCCAACAUUUACGUCGGGUGAUAUAGUUGGUGGCGGAAUUAACUAUUCCACACAAGAAUUCUUUUUCACUAAAAAUGGGCAAGUUGUAGGGACAGUUUACAAGGACUUGAAGGGUCCUCUUUUUCCAACCCUUGCUGUCCAUAGCCAAAAUGAAGAGGUGCAUGUGAACUUUGGGCAGAAACCAUUUGCUUUUGAUUUGAAGGAAUUUGAAGCUCAAGAGAGGAUGAAGCAACAACUGAAAAUCGAGGAAAUAGCUCUGCUACCAAACGUUAGUUAUGGAAUUGUUCGUUCCUACCUUCUACACUAUGGCUAUGAAGAUACACUCAAUUCAUUUGAUGUGGCUGGUAGAAGUACUGUUCCCCCUGUAAACAUAGCGCGAGAAAAUGGAGUUGAUGGCCAAGAUAUAACAUAUGCUUUAAGUCACCGAAAGACUCUACGACAGCUAAUCAGAAAUGGCGAGAUUGAUGCUGCCUUUAGUAAGUUGCGUGAAUGGUAUCCACAGAUUGUUGAGGAUGAUGCAUCAGCUACAUGCUUUCUUCUUCAUUGUCAAAAAUUUAUUGAAUUAGUUCGGGUUGGAGCGCUGGAGGAGGCGGUCAAGUAUGGAAGAAUAGAAUUGGCAAGAUUUUUUGGGUUGCCUACUUUUGUGGAUUUAGUUCAGGAUUGUGUUGCAUUGCUGGCAUACGAACAACCACAGGAAUCCUCUGUAGGUUAUCUCCUUCGGGACUCGCAGCGGGAAGUUGUUGCUGAUACAGUAAAUGCAAUGAUCCUGUCCACAAAUCCCAAUGUGAAAGAUUCAAAGAAUUGCUUGCGCUCAUAUCUUGAAAAGUUGCUCAGACAGCUCACUGCUUGUUGCUUAGAGAGAAGGUCUUUGAACGGCGAUCAAGGAGAAGCUUUUCAACUGCAGAGAGUGCUUAGCAGUGGUAAAAAUUGCUAGUGCUGGCUAGUGUCACUGUUGCCCUUCUCACUCUUGACACAAUCCUGGCCUAUUAUCAUGAUCACAGUUCUAAAGAGGAUGCAAGGUCAUCAUCAAAUUCAAAUUUAUGCGAGUCUCUUGCAAUGUUUUCCUUCCUCAUCCCUAUCUAUAAUUGCAUAUACUCCAUUACUUCUGAAAGUGGGGUCCUUUGUGCAUUCAAGCUUGUAAUUGAUAGAAAUAAUAAAUUGAACGAGUAAUGAUUUCAUUGUAUGUAGGAAGCUCAAAAAUCUAUUUAGCAAAAUGGAAGUUUCGUCUAUGCGAGUGCCUGAGUUGCAACAA